CUUGUCUACAGGAAAUAGUUUCUCGGCAUUACAAUUUGAAUUUUACAUCGCAAGACCCAAAAUAGGAGCAAUCAUUCGAGAAACGUGUAAUGCUAUUUGGCAAUGUCUAAAAACAAUGGAAAUGCCGGAGCCUACGACAGAUAUGUGGUUGGACAUCGCUGAGGAAUUCUAUAGAAAGACAGAUUUUCCGAACUGUGUUGGUGCAAUAGAUGGCAAACAUAUUCGUUGUAUUAAUCCUCGACAAGGAGGGUCCAAUUUUUUCAAUUACAAGAAAUUCUUUUCUAUAGUGUUAAUGGCGGUAGUCGACGCUAACCUGAGGUUUAUUGCUAUUGAUGUGGGCGCCUAUGGAAGUGAAGGAGACUCUACAGUAUUUAGGGACAGUCCAUUAGGCAGAAAACUUUACUCAGGUCAAUUAAAUUUACCACCUCCUCAAUUAUUGCCAAAUACGGACGAAAAUCCUCAACCAUUCGUAAUGGUUGGGGACGAGGCCUUCAAAAUUUCCACAAAUCUUUUACGACCAUAUCCGUCCCGUGGCCUUGAUCCAUGCAAAAGGGUCUUCAAUUACCGACUUACGAGAUGUCGACGCACCGUGGAAUGUGCAUUUGGACUAUUAGCCAACAAAUGGCGAAUUUUCCAUACUCCUAUUCUCGUACAACCGGAUUUCAUUGAUGAAAUCGUCAAAGCUUGCUGCAUUUUGCAUAAUUUUGUUCGUAAAAGAGAUGGGAUUAAUUACGAAGAAAGUGACACAUGCACCUUAGUGGACUGUGAUGAAGUUGGGCAAUGUCCACGUGGACAUGGAUUACAAAUUCGUGAUUAUUUCGCGAAUUAUUUUAUGGGUCCCGGAGCCGUGCCUUUUCAGGCCCAAUAUAUGUAUUAA